AUGAGGGAAGACCUCGAGUCCGAAGCUGAGCGAAGCGACGAGGGUGUGGAGGCCACAGAGGACUGCGAGCCGGAGAAGAAGAGGCGGCGAAGGCUGCCAGACUGGCAGAUGUCGGAUUUGGGGCCUGUCUCCAUGGCUUCGCUUUCUCUGGCCUUGGAGCUGUGCCUUUCCCUGCCAGAGGCGUCCCAAGGCCCGACUCUCAUGAAGAUCCACGACUGGCGCAUGCAGGAGCGGCCGUCUUUCUGGGAGGCGCCGCCCCGGGCGUUGCGGCGGCUGAGGCAAGCUCUGAGGUCCAUUUUGCGGAACCUGCCCAGCAAGGAGCGAAAUCCGGUGCUUGGGCACAUCCUGGAGGAGGGCCCAGUUGAGGACUGGCGACUGCUCGUGCUGAGGGCAGCCUCCCUGGAGGUGCCCGAGACCCUCUCCCUGUUGCCGGACAUGCAGACGGUGCGGCUGGAGCUCCGGGCCUCCAAGACCGCGGUGCGCUGGUGGCAGGCGCUGUUGGCGUGUGCUGCCCACGCCCCGAUGGCUGAGCGUCAGAAGGUGCUGGAAGAUUUCGCCUCCUUUGCCCGAACUGCCAAAGUGCAGGCACCGCACGGGAGGCGCUCGCUGUUUCGGCUGGCCGCCCUGGCCGCCUCGCAGGGCUUGUUGCAGGAUGCCCGGGUGCUGCUGAAGAGGCUGUCCAGCUACCGCACCACCGCCGCUCAGCGCGCGGUGCUGGUGCAGCUCAUGCGCCUGGUGACCCCAUGGUGCAAUGCCCGGCAGGAGACAGACGGCUGCUCAUUGCUGGCCCGUGCGGAUGCUGCGCUGUGGCGACUGAGAUGCUCCAUCCUCUCAUUUGAAGGAGACUCUUCUGCGGUCGAGGACGUGCAGCAGCUUGCCUCGAACCCCCUGUUCUCGGAUGCCUCCCGGGCGGCUUUGCGAUGCCACCUGCUGCUGGCGCGCAGGGACCAGACUGUGGGCCUGCAAGAGGCUUGCCAAGAGGCCGCGCCACUGGCAGCGGCCCGUGUCCGCGACUUGCCGGUGCCUUUGCAGGCAAAGGCGGCCCUCGCAAUCUUGCCUGUGCCCCGCUGCCUCUUCGGAGUGUUUCGCGACUUGGAGGUGAGCGUCAUGUUGCAGGAAUCUCCCAGGUCGGUGGUGGGAGAGCCCUUCAUAAUGAACUCCGGGGCGCGUCGGAGGCAUGCGAAGGCGGUCCACGAGGCGUGGCAUUCCACACGGAUCGUCGCCAGGGGGGCGCAGGAGAGAUCCUGGACUCUGAUUCGAAGGCAGCCUAGCCAUCUCCAAAGCUCCGAGCCCCCGCUGGCCUUCAGCAGCUCUGUGCCGGACGCGACGUCAUCGGUGGAGGUGCACUUGCAGGGCCCCUUCGGUAGCCUCGCCUUUGGCCGCGCGGGGCGCCCGGCGCGGGAGUGGGCGGGCCUCCACUCGCCGCACCUCUGCGGGCCCUACCAGGCGGAGAAGACUUCCGGCGUUGGCUCUCUCCAGGUCUACUGCGACUUGGACGGCGUCCUGGCGGACUUCAACAAGGGCUGCCUGGCGCUGUUCCCUGAGGGCGGCUGCAUCGCCGAGAAGAUCCCUACCCACACCGUCACGCGGCUCAGCUACGAGGAGGAGAGCGAGAUGUGGCGCCGGGUGGAGUCGAAGUCGGACUUCUUCUUGUCCUUGGACUGGACGAGCGACGGCCAGGAGCUGUGGCGGUGGAUCGAUUGGAACGUGGUGCCGCCGGCGGCGGUGCUCACGGGCCUGCCGCUGGGCCGAGCGGGGCAGAUGGCGGCCAAGCAGAAGGAGCAGUGGUGUUUGCAGCGGUUGGGCGCCCACGUGUCCGUCUUCUGCUGCGGCACCCGGAACAAGCAGAAGUUCAGCGGCCCCAACUGCGUGCUCAUCGACGACCGGAACGACCUGCGGGAGGCCUGGGAGGCGAGGGGCGGGGUCUUCAUCCACCACACCUCCGCGGCCGAGAGCAUCCGCCAGCUCAAGGAGGUGCUGCUCCGCGGCGCCGAGAAGAACCGGGCGGUGAACCACAUGCCUUUGCAGCUCACAAGCGUGUGCUGGGCGUCCCAGACCCCGGCCGGGUGCUUCAAGUCCAACUGCCGGUACCUGCACGUGCCCAUCUCCCGGCGGCAUCGCUGCUGGAUCCAGCUCUGGGGCUUCGUGUGGUGGCGCCUUCGGCUCGAAGAACUCGCCUUCGGUUCGGCGCCGCUUCGAGGGAUCCUUUGGCUCGGCUCGGAUGCGGGGGUGGCCUUUUGGUGGUCGACGCGGUUGCUGCUUCUAUUGGGCACCUAUUUUUUUACGGUUUUGAUGCGUACAUAUACAAAUAUAUAUAUAUAG